AUGUCAUCGAAGAGUUUCGGUAGCCACACUUUGUUCAUUUGUGGGCAAGCACCAAGGCGGACCAAAACAGACCUGGACUUCGUCAGCCCACUGCAACUCUCGGACAAACCCUCGGUUGUCUCGGGUCCUCUCCUUGCCACUAAAAACCUUUUUUUUUUCGGGGACCUAAAUGCUCCUUCUCGCAAUGCCAUAGCACCUGUUCGUUCCGCUGAUGUCUCUACUCUUCUCAAUGAAAAAGAAGAAAUCCUAGCACAAUGGGCUGAGCUCUUCAAGGAACUUUUGAACAGAGACAUGCCGAUGGAUUCCUCAGCUUCAGACGAACUUCCGACUCUCCCUGGCCUCUCCGAGCUGGACUCGGUUCCGACAUCGGAUGAAGUUAACAACGCAAUAAAAUCCAUAAGUUCCCCGGCUUAUCCUCACUUUGGUCUUGAUAUCUACCCAAACAAAACAGCGUUGAAACGACGUGAUCCAGUAUGUCGGCUGCACAUUGCCAACGUCUCUUUGUCUAUUGAUAACCCAUUCAUCUACCCCGGUAGCGUCAUAUCCGAUAAUGGACACCUUGAUGAAGACAUCCUCCGGCGGAUAAACUCUGUCUCUGCUUCCUUUGGACGACUCCGACUCACCAUCAAUGUCGCUGUCUAUCGAGCUGCUGUUGUUUCAAUACUGCUCUUCGGAUAUUUUUUAUUUCUGCUUAUAUUUUCUAUCUAUCUAUCUAUCUAUCUAUCUAUCUAUCUAUCUAUUGAUUUAUUUUUAUUUCUGCUUAUCUAUCUAUCUAUCUAUCUAUCUAUCUAUCUAUCUAUCUAA